AUGGAUGUUGUCUCGACGUAUAGCUUCGCGACACUGGCCUGGCUCACAGUGCAGGCUGUGCCUUUGAUCGUGUGGCCGACAUUUAUUGCGUCGCUGCUCACGCCAAAUUAUGAACAUGCCAACCCUGUUGAGCAAUACUUCGCCCGGUCGCUGGGCUUCUCACAGCUCACCCUAGGCCUUGUCGUCGUCUGUCUCACCGGAGCCGUGCCUCUGGGCUCCCUGGCCGAUACCCCGGCCGAUGCGGUAUCACCAUUUGCCGAUGCCGUGAUCCUCCUCUCAUCGCUCUACCACUCAUCCGCGGCUAUCUUCAGCUACACAAGGUUUAACGCUACCAACACCGGGGGGUUUCUGUUUGGCGCGAUCGGCUCUGGCCUCAUGGCUGCGUUUGGCCUGUGGUGCCUCAUGUUCGGCUCCGGCAGCCACAUUAGCAAGAGGACAGGGGCGGAUAAGAGGACCAGUGGAUUCCCAUUCAAGAACUCAGAGGCAAGCAAGAGGAAGGGCAAGAAGCUGUAG